AUGAGAAAUAACACAGGCAUAACUUUAUUCAUUCUUCGGGGAGUGACAGAUGAUCCACGGAUGCAGAUUCUUCUUUGUAUCUUUCUGUUUCUGACCUACAUCCUGAGUGUAACUGGGAAUUUGACCAUCAUCAUCCUCACUCUGGUGAAUCCCCUCCUUAAAACCCCCAUGUACUUUUUCCUCAGGAACUUUUCCUUCUUAGAACUGUUAUUGACAACUGUCUGUAUUCCCAGAUUCCUGUACACCAUGUCAACUGGGGAUGAUACUGUGACCUAUAAUGCAUGUUUUACUCAGGUAUUUUUUGUAGUUCUUUCUGCGGCUUCAGAGUUUUUUCUCUUGGCUGCCAUGUCUUAUGACCGCUAUGUGGCUAUCUGCAAACCUUUGCAUUAUUCAGCCAUCAUAAACAACAGAGUCUGUUACCAGUUACUCCUAGGUUCUUGGGUGUCUGGGUUGAUGAUUCUGCUUCCACCAUUUGGUGUGGCUCUUCAACUAGAAUUUUGUGACUCCCAUAUCAUUGACCAUUUUCUCUGUGAAGCAACACCAUUAAUAGACAUCACAUGCUCUGAUACACAGCUCCUAGAAAGGAUGAUUUUAGUCUCUGCUGUGUUGACACUCAUCAUCACCUUAGUGUUAGUGGUUCUAUCUUAUGCCUAUAUUAUCAGGACUAUUCUGAGAUUCCCCUCAGCUGAGCAAAGGAAAAAAGCCUUUUCCACUUGUUCCUCUCACAUGAUUGUUGUUUCAGUGGCUUAUGGAAGCUGCAUUUUCAUCUAUAUUAAACCUUCUGUAAAAGAAGGGGUGGCUUUGAAUAAGGUAGUGUCGGUAUUUGGAAUCUCAGUGGCACCAGUAAUGAAUCCAUGUAUUUAUACCCUGAGGAAUAAACAAGUGAUAAAAGCUUUUAGAGACACAUUGAAAAAGAUUGCAUUGAUUUCAAAGUUAUGA